UUGCAGUUGACCACAGAGUAUCUCAGACUGCUGAGACCCGCGGGUCGCAUCAGUUCUUCAAAUCCUGGACCCAUCCACCAUGGCCGCCUUGAUCGCUCCACUGGGUUUCACGAAACCGCUGUGAUGAUCCGCGAGGAGAUGGUGGAGGGCCUGGGUGGCCUGGUGGGCCAUGAGCAACUGCUCAGCCUUCAACAGCAACAGCAUUCGUUGAUGCUGGAGCAAAAGGAGGCAGAGAUUGCUCACUUGAAGGCCCGCUUGGUGGCUUCAGAGAAGCAGCUGCCCCCACAAGAAGGUCUGCAGGCAGCUCUGGAAACGAAGGAUGAAGAAUGCGCGUUGAUGAUGGCGGCCAAGCACAAGGAAUUGGAGUUCCUCGCCAGCUUGCUACAAAUGCGUGAGCAACAGAUUGAGGAGCUGCAACAAGUGCCCCAAAGCAGGUCACUGGGCAGCAACUCUCCAUAUUAUCAAGGAAGCCAGCUGGAGGAGGCCCAGCUCAACCAGCAGGUGCUCCGUGAGCUUCAACGUUUGCGCUUGCGCAUGGAGGACUUGGAGGCUUUGGUCACCGAGCAACAGGACCGGUGCAGCACCUUGGCUGAGCAGUUGCAGCGCAAAGCCGAACAUGUGGAGGUCUUGGAACAAGAGAUCCGCUCCCUGCGAGCUGAUGCUUGGGGCGAGGCGCCACUGGAGGAAGCUCGACAUGGGUUGAAUGACCCGAUGAAUGGAGACAGAGAGACGCCGAGUCGGAUGGAGAUCUUCCCGAGCCCUUCGAACCCUUCACCCGCUUCCCAGGCGGAGUCUUAUUGCGCGGCCGUCCGACGGGAACAUGAGCUGGAAGGUGCCCAGAGCACGGGAAGACAGUCCCAGGAGCUACUUCGUGAGAUGCGGAGGCUCAGACAACAGAUGAACGAACUCGAGAAAGUCGCCGCUGGCCGUGAACAUCCGGAAACCUCGUUUGGUGAGGGGGUCCUAUCACCUCAAAACGCAGAGCCACAAGCUAUCAAUCCAGCUCCCACGUCCUUGAAGCGACUCCCUAAGACGUCUCUGUCAGAGGAUCCUUUGUCAGGCUGGGAGUAUCGCGCCAAGCCGGAUGAUCCUGUGGAUGCAGCGGUCGCCGAGCUUGUGAACAGUCGAUAUCGUGCCUGGCGAGCUCUUCUGUGUCGCUUGGAGCAGGGUGUCUACCUUUGUGGCACUCGAAGGGUUCGGAUACGUGUAGACGAAGCACGAAGACGCCUGGAGGCGUCUGAGGAUGGACUGGCAUGGUCGGACUUGACACAGAUCAUGACAGGCCUCACCAGCGGGCUGUGAGGCAUAUUGUCGCAGCAUGUGGGAUGUGGAUAGGGAGUUGAACUGCCAGGUUGUUUGGGUAGCGUUUCCUUGUUGAAGACUGAAGUAAGUGGAGGAGAUAUUCGUACUAUGACUCCGGAAUAUUCUGGUGCAACACAGCUCCACUCACCUCCCAACAGGCUUCCGCGAAGCAUGGAGCUUUCAACUUCCAUCCAUUCCACUUAGAUCUGCGGCUCCGUACCAUAGUUUGGCUUGAAGUUUCACCUCUACAAUGCGAUAAUGUCAUGCUGCUGUCGAUGGCUUGCCUGAGAGGUUCGUGCUGCUGAUGGGCAAUGCCUUGCACCACCAAAUAUGAGUGUCGGAGAAAAUUCAAGAAGGGCGCCAAUUGCAUCCAAUUGCC